UCCCGAAAUUCGCCAGCGCAGACUUGGACAAUCCGACUCUUUCGACAACAACCCUCCCGACUUAUCUCCAACCCCCGGUUGUCGACCAAUUACGCCAUGGCCGAUAUCGAUGUCAAGCUCGCUUCGUGGAAGCUGGUCGAGGUUGGCCGCCUCGUCCUGAUCCGCCGCGGCCCCUUCGCUGGCAAGCUCGCUGCCAUCGUUGAGAUUGUCGACCACCGCCGUGUCCUGGUCGACGGUCCCUCCAGUGAGGAGCAGAAGACCGUGCCCCGUCACGUUCUUCCCCUCGCCCACGCCACCCUCACUCCCUUCACCAUCCCCGCUCUUCCCCGUGCUGCCGGUACCGGCCCCGUCAAGAAGCUCUGGGCCAAGAACGAGAUCGAUGGCAAGUGGGCCAAGUCCAGCUUCGCCCAGAAGACCGAGAAGGCCGACCGCCGCAAGAACCUGACCGACUUUGAGCGCUUCAAGGUCCUGCGUCUCCGCAAGCAGGCCCGCUACGAGGUCCAGAAGUCUUUCGCCAAGGUCCGCGCUACCGCUGCUAAGUCAUAAAUGAUUACGAGGGUUCGGUGCAUAGGAUGAAGGAGGUGUCCUGGGACGGGUUUCCAUAGCUGGCAUUUCCCCCAGCAAAAUCGCUGUAUGCAUUAUCCAUACUACAGCAAAAAUGAUUCAAAAUCCUUGAUAUCCCGGCAAGGGCUUGUGUCAUUGUUCCUCUUGCGUCUUCGGCCUAUCGGUCUGUCUUUUUUAUAGAACGGGG